AUGCAUCUGAGAGAUAAACCCCGUAAUAAGGAUUCCGGCUCCCUUCCGCCGCCGCCCCUCAGGUUCAUCCUGGGCGUCGCGGGCGGGAUGACCACCAUCGCCGGCUACGCCUUCGUGGUGGAGCUGGCGGACGCCCACCUGCGCGGCACCAUGGCCACCAUCCCCACCAUGGGCAUCGUGCUGGGCGGCCUCUACACGGUGUCCCUCGGCUACGUGCUGGCGUGGCACGUCCUCGCCUUCGUGUGCAUCCUGCCGCCGCUGCUGCUCCUCGUAGGCUCCUUCUUCCUGCCGGAGUCGCCGUCCUACCUGGUGGUCAAGGGGCGCCGCCAGCAGGCGCUCGUCAUCCUGCGGAGGCUGCGCGGGGACUACGCCGACGUGGAGGCCGAGGUGGCGGACCUGGAGCGGCGGAACCGCGUGGGCGGCGGCGAGAGCGGCUGGCGGGGCCUGCUCAAGGCGGACGUGCUCAAGCGCAUCGCCGUCGUCGUCACCCUGUUCGCCCUCAUGCAGCUGUGCGGAAACUUCGUGUUCAUGAUCUACACGGCGCGCGUCCUGCAGGCGACGGGGGCGCCGCUGGACCCCGACGCCAUCACGGCCAUCGCGGGGGCGCUCAAGGUGGGCGGGACGCUCGCCGCCAUCCUGCUCAUGGACCGCGUCGGCCGCAGGAACUGCCUCAUCGGCUCGCACGCCGUCAACGCCGCCUGCCUCCUCAUCCUCGGCACCUACGUGCACCUGGCCGAGGGCGCCGAGCCGGGCGACGACUCCUUCGACAGGCUUGAAUGGGUCCCCACAGUGUGUGUGUGCGUCUCUCUCUUCUUCUGUGACAUCGGCGUCCACCCGGUGCCUUAUGUCCUGUCGUCGGAGUAUUUCCCUACCAACCUCAGAGCUCAGGCCUCCUCCAUCUGCAUCUCAGCUGGCACGGUUCUCACCUUCCUCGUCCUCCAGCUGUACAGUCCCAUGAUGGAGCUCCUGACGCAGGCUGGUCUUUACUGGUUCUAUGGGGCGACGAGCGUGGUGGGGGUCGUCUUCUGCUUCGUGGCCGUGAUCGAGACGAAGGGGAAGGCUGUGGGGUGAGAGGGG